AAGCAGACUUGCCUUGACUUCUAGGCCAAGCAAUUUGACAUUUGGUAAUUAAUUCUACGAUAAGAGUAUUAAGUGCUUGCCCAGAAAUUUGACAUUUGGUAAUUAAUCAUACGACAGGAGUACUAAGUGUAUGGUUUAAAAUACAGGGCUUGGCAGAUUUUUUCGUCAUAAGAGUGUAUAUAUAGUUGAUUAAAUUAAGAUAGGAUUUUUCUCUUUGAACUCAAUGUCUUUGAUAUGGGCAACUCUAGUGGUUGCUCUAUUUGUAUAUGCCUUGUGUGAGUUGUUAAACAUUCAGAAGAGGAAAAGGUUUCCUCCAGGUCCAACAGGACUUCCCAUUUUAGGACAUCUUCAUUUGUUAGGCAAAAAUCCACACCAAGAUUUACAAAGACUAGCCAAGAAACAUGGUCCUAUUAUGUAUUUGCGAUUAGGACUAGUACCUACGACCAUUGCCUCGUCCGCUGAUGCAGCUGAGAAGUUUCUCAAGACAUAUGAUCACAUCUUUGCUAGUAGGCCUCAUCAUGAGGCAUCUCAAUAUUUGGCUUAUGGCCAAAAAAAUAUGAUAUUUGCAAAGUAUGGUGUGUAUUGGCGUAACAUGCGGAAAUUGUGCACAGUGCACCUUCUGAGCAAUCACAAGAUCCAUUCGUUUCAAUCCAUGAGAAAGCAGGAAGUUGAACUUCUGAUUGAAUCUCUAAAAGAGGAAGCUCGUGAUCAUGUAGCUCUUGAUCUUAGUGCAAAGAUUACAUCCUUGAAUGCAAACGUGACUUGCUUAAUGGUGUUUGGAAAGAAGUACAUGGAUGAGGACUUGGACAAGAGGGGAUUCAAAGCUGUUGUUCAAGAGGUUGUGCGUUUAUCAGCCGCACCAAAUCUUGGAGAUUUUUUCCCCCUCCUUGGUGUUAUUGAUCUCCAGGGUCUCACUCGCAAGCUCAAGGAUCUUUCAAAGGUGUUUGAUGAGUUUCUUGAGAAGAUUAUUGAUGAACAUGUCGAGGAUCAUGACCGGAAGCAAACCAAGGACUUUGUGGACACCAUGAUGGACGUAAUGAAAUCCGGAGAAGCAGAAUUUCAGUUUGACCGUUGUAAUAUAAAAGCUAUACUCUUGGACAUGCUUUUUGCUGCAAUGGACACUACUGCAUCAUCAGUGGAAUGGAUACUCACAGAACUUCUUAGGCACCCUGAAGUGAUGAAGAAGCUACGAAAGGAGUUGCAAGAAGUUGUAGGACUUGAAAGAAGGGUAGAAGAAUCCGACCUGGAGAAUUUAAACUACUUAGACAUGGUUGUAAAAGAGGGCAUGAGGAUGCAUCCUGUAGCGCCGCUAUUUUAUCAUGAGUCCAUGGAAGAUUGUGUUGUCUCUGAUCUCCACAUACCAAAGGGAUCCCGAAUCCUGGUAAACUGUUACGCUGUUCAGAGGGAUCCAAAUGUUUGGCCUGAGCCUGACAAGUUCUUGCCAGAUAGAUUUCUUGAAAGCAGUAUAGAUUUUCGUGGACACGACUUCCAACUUAUACCAUUUGGCUCUGGGAGAAGAAGCUGCCCUGGAAUGCAGUUGGGAAUUACUGUCGUCCGCCUUGUGGUGGCACAAUUGGUGCAUUGCUUUGAGUGGGAGCUUCCAAAUGGUAUGCAGCCUAGUGAUUUGGACAUUGAUGAGCACUUUGGGAUAGUAACAUCCAGACAAAACCCUUUAAUGGCUAUUCCUACUUAUAGGCUAAACAAAUGAUGUAGAUGUAAGUUUCUACAUUAUGGUUUUGUGAUUGUUGUGUGCUUCCCUUCCCUUGCUAUUUUACAAAUGCUGCCAGUCAAGAGUCUCUUUGCAUAUAUACAAUUUAACCUCUUUUUUCUUGUUUAA